CAAGCACUCUCACGAAUUAGUGAUGAGCUGUGGCUAGACCCUUCUGAAAAAGGUCUUGCUUUAAGAUCUAUGAAUUCUUGUCGGUCAGCAUAUGGAUGUGUCCUCUUCUCGCCUGUGUUUUUUCAACAUUAUCAAUGGUCAACCUCGGUGAAAAUGAAUGAUGGUGACACAAUAUCUAAUUUAAAUUGCAAAUUGGGAAUGAAGUCAAUUCUGCCUAUCUUUAGAUGUCUGAAUUCCCUCGAAAGAAAUGUAGAGAAAUGCAAAAUAUUUACCAGAUCUGAUAAGUGCAAAGUAGUUAUUCAAUUCUUCUGCAGACAUGGUAUUAAAAGGAUUCAUAAUUUGUGUUUUCAAGAAAGUCAGCCUUUGCAAGUUAUUUUUGAAAAGAAUAUGUGUUCUAAUACACUAGUGAUUCAACCAAGAGUGCUUGCUGAGGCAACUGUUCUUUUUACAUCGAGUCAAGAGGAAGUUACUCUUGCUGUUACUCCACUGAACGUUUGCAUUAAGAGUUCUAAUGAGGAAUCAAUGGAUUUGACCAAUUCUGUAUACAGUGAGAUGUUUGUUGGGCCAGAUGAGUUUGACUUCUAUCAAAUUGGAGUCAACACUGAAAUAACAUUUUGCUUCAAAGAACUGAAGGGAAUGCUGACAUUUUCAGAAGCUACACAUGCUCCUAUAGCCAUUCAUUUUGAUUUUCCUGGGAAACCCAUGGCUUUAAGUAUUGACGAUAUGUUAUUGGAAGCCAACUUUAUUUUGGCUACAUUAGCUGAUGAGCCAAGUAGAGCAUCUUCUCCACAAUCAUUGUGUCUUUCACAAAAACGAAAAAGGUCAGAGCUGAUACAUUCAAAUUCAGAGGCUGGUAAAAAUGUAACCAGCAAGGACGCAGAGUAUAUCUCGAGAAAAGCAGUACCCAAAAGGCUUUAUUCUGAGACUCGCACGAAAGUCUCUUCAUUGGAAAACCGUGGCAGCCCAUUAACGGAAAGAGCGAACAGAGACAUUAGUGAAGUACCAGAAAGCAGUGUCAGUGACACGGAGGAAGUGCCAGGAUCUUCACAUCUCAGGAAGUUUUCUCGCAUGUUCUUUGGAGCAGUUUCUUCUGACCAACAAGAACACUUCAACCACCCUUUCCACAGUCUGGCAACAGCAAGUGACAGUGAAGAGGACAUGAAUAAUGGCAGUUUUUCCACAUUCUAACAAUGAUGGCUGAGCUGGCCCCCUACCCAUUUACUGGCUCACUUGCACCUCAAACACAUUUUCACACUUAAGCCUAUGAAGAUAUUGUCUUGGACUUCCUUGAAAUGGAUAAUGGGCUGCAAGUUUUCUAAACAUCUUCUUAUACAACAACCAUAUCUAGAAAUAGCUGCUUGUCAAGUAAAUGUAAUUUGCUUUAAAUCCAUUAUGCUUCUUGGGAGAGAGAAGAGUUUUCUGUGCAGGGAAAAAGCUCAUUAGAAUUCUUCAAUUCAGGGACUUCCCUGGUGGUGCAGUGGUUGAGAGUCCGCCUGUCAAUGCAGGGGACAUGGGUUCAAGCCCUGGUCUGGGAAGAUCCCACAUGCUGUGGAGCAACUAAGCCCGUGUGCUGCAACUACUGAGCCUGCACUCUAGAGCCCAUGAGUCACAACUACUGAAGCCUGCGUGCCAUGCUCCGCAACAAGAGAAGCCACCGCAAUGAGAAG